AUGGAGAAACAAGCCAAGAAAGUGCCCAAGUUGCUGAGGAAAACAGCGGGUAGGAGCUCUUGUUCCAUAUUUCAAGUGCCUCAAAGCCUUAUGAAAAUUCACUCAAAGGCCUUUCAACCACAAAUUGUGUCCAUCGGCCCCUACCACCAUGGAAAAGUUGAACUCGAAAUGAUUCAAGAACACAAAUUCCGAUAUCUUGAGUCUAUUCUUGCUCGAGCAAGUGUUGGCUACGAUGACUUCUACAAUGCUAUCGCAAAUAUGAAGGCGGCGAUAAGGGAGUGCUAUCCAGAGAGUACCAAAAUAAAAUAUGGAGGCCGUGAGUUCAUUGAAAUGAUGGUACUUGAUGGAUGCUUCAUUAUUGAGCUCUUCCGCAAGUUUCGAGGAGAACGUGAUGAUCACAAUGAUCCUAUAUUCAAUGUGCCAUGGAUAUUGCAUUCUAUCAUGACGGAUCUUCUCAUGCUAGAGAAUCUAGUUCCUUCGUCUGUUCUUCACACUUUGUUUGGAUUGUCAAUCUCGUCUUCAAGCAAUGUUCCUGAAAAGAAAGAUUGA